AUGAUGUCGUACUGUAGACUAUCUGUACUACCUAAAUGUCUUGUUUACGCCGCUAUUUUAUAUAUUUGUGCUUCUAUAUUUUUAACAUUUUUCCAUAGUGAACACAACGUGUUUACCCCCAAACGAUAUACUUUUCCGGAAAUUCCUCAUUUAUGGCAGGACUACUGCCAGUACUUAGAACACAAUGUUGAGGGCAUUGAAGCCGAUUUCGAUAAUAAGACUUAUAGAUUACGUGGAUUAGGGAUAGUGUUUAGACAUGGAGAAAGAUCCCCAUUAGUGGUACACGAUGAAUCUACUGUCUGCAAACCAUAUUUGGAAGCUGACCGCAAUCUCUAUGAAGAGUAUGUGAAGAAGAUUGAAUCCGAUGAUAUUAAAACUUUCAUCAAAGCUGACAAAAAAUUCGCAGAUUUUCCCAGAUUUCCCGACAGAUCUGAAUGCAGAGGUGGUGAAUUAACAGCAGAAGGCGCUCUCCAACAUGUAAGGUUAGGGAAAUAUAUGCAAAGUAAAUAUGGGUCUUCCGCUUUGUUUGAUCCAGACUUCCAUUUGAAUGUAUCUAUAACAUCUUCGCAAUACCAUAGAACUUAUCAAUCAGCUCUAGCAUUCAGUUUGUCUUUCUUGUACCCUCAUCGAUACAACUUUCCAAUAAUCUAUAUCAAAGCAAGCGACUUUACUAAUCAGUGUACUCAUGAAGCAUGUGCGUGUCCUGGAAUACAGAAUAAGCGAAAACAGUAUGAGAAGGAGUACACUAAGGUGUUCAGCUCCUCAGCUCCAGCUUAUAUGAGAGAUACAACGUAUAACCUGCGACAACUGAACUCUUUCCAACAUGUGAACGAACCUUACGAGGUUUUGGAUGUAUCUCUUGGAAGCUACAUAUGUCGUCGACUCCCAUUGCCUUGUCCCAAUGACAAUGUUUGUUUGAGUUACAGUUUUCUAAAUGAGGUUCUCAAUUACACAUCUAGUCGAGGCAGUUAUAUGUUUUCGCCUGAAAUCAGUCCUCUCGCUUAUGAGCUUCAAGUCAUUGAUUCUCAUGGAGUACUAUUCCAUAUGAGAGAUAUGAUACUGCGUUUGAAGCAAUUCCCUCACACUAAUAUGUUGAAAAUAUUCUCUGGUCAUGAUGUGACAAUAGCUCCAAUUUUACGAGUAUUAGGCGUACCCUUUCUGGACCCUCCACACUAUGCCUCUCGAAUAGCAUUUGAGGUUUUGGAACAUGUUAGGACAAAAAAAUUAUUUUUACGAGUCAUUUAUAAUGGGGAAGAUGUUACGAACAAAAUUACCUUUUGCACAGAUUUGUUUGAUGGGCUGUGCUCUGUAGAGUAUUUAGAAGAUUUCGUCAAAAAGGAAAUACCUCAGCUACUCAAAGCGAAAUCCGUGUCAGAGUUUUGUAUCAGAAAAAGAGAAUAG